AUGGACUUUAUUUCGCAGCUGUGGGAAAUCGAUAGCCCGGAAAGCGCCCGGGAUUACUUGACAAAUCUUGCAGGAGAGCCAAUUCGAGUACAAAACUUUAUCAACAAUGAGUUUCAAGACCAUUCCAAAGCGAACGGCUGGAUAGACUCAUUCGAUCCUCGAUCUGGAAAGCCCCUCGCUCAAGUUCCACGCAGCACCACUUCCGAGGUGGACCUUGCUGUGGACGCAGCCUCCCAGGCAUUUCAGUCCUGGUCCAAGAUUUCUCGGCAAGAGAGAUCUAAUAUUUUGCUGCGCAUUGCAUCUGUGAUUUGCAGAAAAAAGGAGGUAUUUGCGACGUGGGAAAGCAUUGACCAAGGGAAACCCCUGGCUAGAGCUAGGGUUGAGAUAGAACGUGCAAUUUCCAACUUCCGAUACUUCGCGACGUAUAUUUUACACGAUGAGGGAACUGUCCGGUUUAUUGACGGACAGCCAAGUACCCUAACAUACGAGCACCGGUCACCUGUGGGAGUCUUUGGACUCAUUUCGCCGUGGAACAUGCCUCUAUAUCUCCUCACAUGGAAGAUUGCUCCCUGCAUCGCGUUUGGAUGCACUGGAGUAGCUAAGCCCAGUGAAGUCACAAGCAUUUCCGCAUUUUCCCUCCGACAGGCAGAUCUGCCUCCUGGAGUCAUGAAUAUCAUAUUCGGAGACGGGCCCGGUGCAGGCUCGGCACUCGUCCAGUGUCCUCGCGUGCGAGGAAUUUCAUUCACUGGUGGGACUAGUACUGGUAUUCAAAUUCGGCGAGAGACUGUUACUGAUAUCGGCAAACACGUCUCGCUAGAGCUUGGUGGGAAGAAUCCGACGUUAAUUUUCGACGACGUCGAUUUGGACCAAGCCGUGCCCGUGGCCGCAUCAGCUGCAUUCGAGAAUAGUGGCCAAAUUUGUUUGUGUGGUUCGCGAAUAUACGUACAAAGCAGCAUCAUGAACAGAUUUUUAUCUGUAUUCGUGGAAUAUGUGAAGAAGAAUUAUCAACUUGGACAGACUAUUGGACCUGUUGUUUCGCGAGAGCAUUAUUCUAAGGUCAGGUCCUAUUUGGACCAAGCGCAAGAAGAAGGAGCAAGCUUCUUCACCGGCGUGGUUCCGGAAGCAGAGCCUGCGCAUGGCUACUGGAUAGCUCCGACCGUACUUGGUAAUAUUCCUCGUGAUAGUCGGGUGAUGCGCGAGGAGAUUUUCGGACCGGUCGUCUCAAUUUGUUCAUUUGAGACAGAGGAUGAAGCAAUUCAACUGGCGAAUGAUAAUCCAAAUGGCCUUUCUAGCGUUCUUCUGACCCAGGAUGUAUCUCGGAUGCGCCGAGUCGGAGAGCGAAUCGAUGCUGGAUUGGUGUGGGUAAACUGUUGGUUAGUACGGGAGUUGAGCACUGCUUUCGGAGGAAUGAAGUCAUCUGGGGUUGGAAGAGAAGGGGGCACCCAUAGUCGGGAUGUUUUUACUAAUCUCCGCACGAUUCAUGUACGUUGA